AUGGCUCAUGUCAGACAGCUGAUGGCCGAACUUCUCGUGCGAACGAAUCUGAAUGAGUGCGCAGCACAGCAAGAAAUGGCUGAACAAGAGAACGAGGUGUUAGCAAAGAUUCGUGAUGCCUGUAAUGCCCGAAACAUGCUCCGAGAAGCUCUGAUCGAGAGCAAAAAGCGAGCUGAGCAAGCGAUGAUCGAGAGAAAGAACCGUUAUGAGGAGCUUCAACGGCUAGAAAACCAGCUCGAUGUUUGCUCAGCAGCUGCUUGGCUAGCUAUCACUGAAAAGAAUAGGCUCAACGAUCGCUUGGCGAUUCUCUCAAAGCAACCACAUGUAGAGCCCUGUCAGCGAAAGAAACAGUUAACAGAAGGUUGCCGACUGACUAAACCAGGAGAAAGUGAACAGUAUCAGAGAGUUCACCAGACAUCGCGUCAAUCUGUAUCAGACGGCUCUGUCGUUACCAUAUGCACGGAAGACGAGGCAAAAGUUGAAGCGGGAUCCAGUGUUAGCCCGGGAACAACAGAAACGAAACAUGAGCUCCUGCUCCCAAUGAAUAUCAUGACCACGAUACAGAAAGUGCUUCAUGAUUCACUUGGUCUCGACGUGGCGUUUGAAGGCGUUAGUUACAUCACAAUUUUGGAUUUUCCAGAGAUAAUUCCAAACAGGAUUCGCCACGAUGAAUUGGAAGCGAUGCUAACUUUGUUGCGAAGACAUAGGCUUUUACCAAAUGGAUAUUCAAUGAAGUAUUCUGGGUUUUGUACUUCUGAACGUCAGAUUGAGUACAAAGGGCUCUAUUCGGAUUUGAAGCCCUAG